CCUUCUCGUCCCUGUUACGUCGUUCCUGUUCCACUCGACAGAAAAUUCCCGAUCGGGAAACCAGAUGGAAGCCGACGCCGCCUCCUCGCUCAAACCCCCGGCGCCAGAGGAAGCCUCACAAGAGGAUCCCUUGCCAGUGCACUUCUCCUCCUCCGGCGCGGCUGCCCCCGCGACCACGGUGACGUCUCCCGGGGCAAGGGAGGUGGCGGCGGCGAUGGAGGCAGUGGAGCGAGACGCCGCCGCCAUCGCCGAGAGCUACGCCUCCCUAUUCGCCUCCCUCCGCAUCACACUUUCCAACGUUACCUCGACGUCAGCCGAUAACAUGGAGUGCUUGGGCGAAGUCGUAGGCCGCCUCCAGGAGUCAGCACUUGAAGCGUCUUCCAGAGGCAAUAAGUACAUCCAUUCAUGCCUGAGGUUAAAUGAGGAAAUGCGAGGCUUGGAAAGCCUAAGUAUGCAGCUAAAGAUUAUGCGGAAGAUCGUUGAUUCACUAGAUUUGGCUGUUGAUCGGCUGCUCCACCUCCCGUAGUUCAUGCAUACUAUCAGUAGCUUCUACUCCCUCCGUUCCCAAAUAAUUGUCUUUCUAGCCAUCUCAAAUGAACUACAACAUACGGAUGUAUGUAGACAUGUUUUAGAGUGUAGAUUCACUCAUUUUGCUCCGUAUGUAGUCACUUGUUGAAAUCUCUAGAAAGACAAUUAUUUAGGAACGGAGGGAGUACAAGGUAACUACCACUUACAUGUGUUCUUGGCUCACUUGCUUUUAGUUUUUUGUCUAACAUGUACAGAUAUGCAAGAGGAAGUGCUUCAGUGCAUAUUUCCAAAAAAGAAACAACAAUAUUUUUUAGCAAAAUGAUAAGUUUUCAUUAUCCUAUUACUGAUUAUUCUUUUUCCAAGUUUUUGUGUGAUUUAGUAUCUACUUUGUGAACUAAAACCACGAUGAGUAAAUCGGAACAGAGGGAGUAGAAUGCAUGGAGUCACUGCACAUAUGCAUGAUAAUACCUUCUUACCACCAUUAACUUAUUUGGAAAAUAUUGAAUGUUCUUAAUACUCUAGAACGGCCUCCUUACCAACUAAUACUGCAUAUAAGAAUUUUUUCGAAGUCAUACUCUUAUGAACUUUAACCAAGUUUAUAGAAAAUAUAUGAACAUUUAAUGUAGUUAACAGAUGGUUCUUAUAUGACCUCAUGAGUUUGACUUGGCAUAUGCCUUUAUUUAGGAUGCCUUGAAUAUUUACUUUUCACAUCAUUAAGAAACAUCUCUAUGGCGUGCAGUACUUAUGGUUGCAAAUUAAGUGCUGCAGGAACUUCUGAUGAAAUUUAUAUUCACCAAGUAGCUGUCACAUUUGAAGAGGCAACCAACUACUGUAAAUCUGAAGUGGUGUGUACAAGCAACGGAGAAGUUUUCCUCUUCCACUGACAUGACGAAAUUCUCCCAACUCUUUGACUUUAUUGUUCUUCCUUAUGUGUAUUUGGGAUCAAGGAUAUGUAUUUGUUGAGAAAUAACUAUUUGCAACUCUUCCAUCCUUUAUCUGCUUGCAUACCUGUGUCUCGGGUUGUGUUUGUGGAGUGGGUCAUUCAACCUAUGGACACAAAUGUUGUUUUUCUCUGUAAGAGGAAGAAAGAGCAAUAAAUAUACUUUAUUUUUAUAACCA